AAUUACUUAGUAUUUUUGCUAUGCUUGUUUAAUGUUAAAGUGUUCAUAAUAACGUUGAACUUUCACCCUACAGUUUUUAUUCCCAUAAAAGUGUUUAAAUCUCUCCCUCUGUUUAGUUGUGCUGUUAUCCAGUUCUGGUCUAAGUUGUCUAAAUAUUUACAAUUGUGAACUAGAGUUGAUCAAGUUCAGUUCAGAUCAGUAAAAACGUUGAAAUAUUCCUUUAGCGUAGCACUUUGAGGAAGCAGAUGCCAACUUCAGGUACAUCCAGCUAACUGUAAAACAGCUUAGCUAAAGCUAACACUUCCCUUCUCAUUAGAGUAAACAGAAAAAUCAGUCUAUCAUUGGACUCAAGACGAAUGAGACACAUUUCAUAUUCAUUGUGUGUAUUAGGUUUGCAGCUGCAUCUGAUUAUCCUGCUUCGUUUGUAGCAAGAAGGUUGUGAGUUCGAAUCCCCACCAUGGUCUUUAUGUAUAAGUGAGUUCUCUCUGGGUACUCUGCCACAGUCCAAACGCGUUCUCCAAUUUAAAAUUGCACUUAGGUAUGUGUGUGCGUGUGUGUGUGUGUGUGUGGGUGUGUGUGUUUGUGUGUGUGUGUGCGCGCGUGUGCGCAUGUGUGUGUUAGACAGAGGAGGUGGGGAGAGAGAGAGAGGAAUAGAGAAAGAGGAAGAGAGAGAGUAUGGGAGGAGACCGGCGUGCACAAUGCGCAUGUGCAGACGGUGAGAUCUGUGCGGCGGUGGAGCAGGGACUGGACACACACCGCUAGAGAGAUGGCGCGGCACCCGACCGGAGCGCAAGGACAGCUGGUUGGCGACGGGGGGGCUUGAAUUACAAAGAAGAAGAAAAAUAUAUGGUUUUAAAAGCAAAAAAAAAAAAAAAAAAAAAAAAAAAGGCAAAAAAAAAAGAGAGAAAAGGAUAAAUACGAGCAUAUUUAGAUAUAUAUUUAAAGAAGAAAAAUAACAAAUUUUGAAGAGACAUUUCAUUCCUGGAGAGCGGCGGCAGAGAGGUAGGAGAGUAAUCGAAUAUUGUCACACAGAGAGGGAGCUGGAGAGGAGGCUGCUGCAAGGAGGACACCAAAAAGCAACAAAAGCCAACUGAACUUUACUGGACGCGUGGACUUCCUUAACGUCGGCUUACGGCAGUAGGUCAGAUAGAUGGUUUGUCCACAGCGCUGCCCGGAUCAUGAACGCGCAGCUGUCGAUGGAGAACAUAGGCGACCUGCACGGAGUGAGCCAUGAGUCCGUCGCCGGCCACGGAGAGCUGCUGAGCGGCCACAGUCCGCACUCCCGCCCGAGCCCGAGGGGACUGAGCCACCGCGCUAUGGGCAUGGCCACCCUACUGGACAGCGGAGACUAUCACCCCGGCCACCCGGGACACCUGCAUCCAGCCAUCAGCAUGUGCGAAGCCCCCCACGGCAUGAGCGCGAGCACCACUUACACCACCCUGACCCCCCUGCAGCCCUUACCCCCCAUCUCCACCGUGUCCGACAAGUUUCCCCCCCAUCACCACCACCACCACCACCACCACCACCAUCCCCACCAUCCGCACCCGCACCCGCACCAGCGGCUCCCCGGGAACGUCAGCGGCAGCUUCACGUUGAUGCGGGAGGACCGCAGCUUGGCGCCCAUGAACAGUCUGUAUCCCGCGUACCACCACAAAGACCCCUGCAUGGGCCAGAGCCUCUCCCCGCUGUCUGGUUCUGGACUGGCCAGCAUACACACGUCUCAGGCCGGCAUCCCUCCGUACGCUCACCCCGGCGCCGCCAUGCCCGGCGAGAAGAUGCUCACGCCCAGUGGGUUCGAGGCUCACCAUCCGGCCAUGCUCAGCAGACACGCCGAGCAGCACAUGACCUCCUCCGCCGGGAUGGUGCAAAUCAACGGCCUGCAUCAUCACCCGCACGCCCACCUCGGCGCGCAGGGCCACGGCCAGGGGCUGGGUAGCAACCGGGAGCAGGCUUCCGGGCCUGGGCACCAAGGUGGCGGCGGAGGAGGGGGAGAAGGAGGCGGCGGGGGCGGCGGCGGUGUUUCUGGGGGACAGAUGGAGGAGGUGAAUACCAAAGAAGUCGCGCAGAGGAUCACCACGGAGCUGAAGCGCUACAGCAUCCCUCAGGCCAUCUUUGCUCAGCGGGUCCUGUGCAGGUCUCAGGGGACCCUGUCCGACCUGCUGAGGAACCCCAAGCCCUGGUCGAAGCUCAAGUCCGGCAGAGAGACGUUUCGUCGCAUGUGGAAGUGGCUGCAGGAGCCUGAGUUCCAACGCAUGAGCGCGCUCAGGCUCGCAGCGUGCAAGCGCAAGGAGCAGGACCACGGCCGAAGCGAGCGAGGGAACGUGACCAAGAAGCCCCGGCUGGUGUUCACGGACGUGCAGCGGCGGACGCUCCACGCCAUCUUCAAGGAGAACAAGCGUCCGUCCAAGGAGCUGCAGCUCACCAUCGCCCAGCAGCUGGGCCUCGAGCUGGCCACGGUCAGCAACUUCUUCAUGAAUGCUCGGCGCCGGAGCCUGGACAAGUGGGUGGACGACGGCUCCGGUCACGCGGCCAACUCGGGGCCCAACGUCUGCACCAAAGCCUGAAGUCGGACUGAACCUGACCAACUCAUGGACUGACUCAACCUCGGUGGAAAAGCUUUAAAAAAAAUUUUAAGAAAACACUUCUGAGAAACAAAGAAAACUUUAAAGACCUUGAAGCAACAUUUUGCCCUUAAACCUGUACUAUAUUGAUAUUUAUAGUAUCCAAAGAUGAAAAGCAAACCAAAGACUUCUCGUUUGACCUGCUUUACGAUGUUUGUUUCAGCCACACAGUUUUUGUGUAACAUACUGCAAAAAGACUUUACUCUCUUUCACACACACAAACACACACACACACACACCCCAACAUGCAGACGCACUCACAAACACACGUACAUACCCAGGUCUUUAGCUUUAUUACACCCCCCUUCACCUCCCUACUGUGUAUCAGUCUAUCAUUUGCCAUCCUUAUCUCUAAUCUGAUUGGUUGGUUUUAAUGAUGGGUCCCUAAGAGGAGGUCUAAUCAGCCUACCGGCAGUCUGGUCUGCAGCUGUCCACAGCCUGAGAAAAAAAUAUAAUUAAAAAAGAAAAAAAACAUGGAUGAAUGUGGAGUUCCAGCGGGAUUGGCCAAUCAACUUUAAAAAGGAAGAACAUUUUCAUCCUGCGGGGAGCGACCCGGAUUGUUCUGCAACCUUGUUUGGACCAGUGGCGUGGACUGUAUGUCUGUUUGUCUGUUUGUCUGUCUGUCUGACUGUCUGACUGUCUGUCUGUCUGUCUGUCUGUCUGUCUGUCUGUCUGUCUGUGCGAGUCGUCUGUCGUUCUGUCGAGCAUUCCAGACAGACGGGCGGGGGGGCAAAGAAAUGUAUUUUCAAAGAGUGCUAACCCAAACCCAAACAGCCUGAACCAAACCAAAAAGGAGAAGAAGAGAAAAAUGGAGCUCGGCCCAUUUAGUGGUGCUUUCUUCCGACACGCUGAUGCGUUCAGUUGGGAAAAUAAAAGAAACCAAUCGGCAUCAAGCGUCUUGUGCCGCGCAGAAACGAAACCUACAAAGACCAAAGAAUAUAUUUAUUUAAAAAGUAGGUAUGGGCAAUUAUGGUAUUUUCUUAAUAUGAUAACAUUAAGCUUUAAAGUGUCAUUUUAUUUGCAAAAAAAUUUAAAUCAAACAUUUAUUUCCAGAUUCAACUGCUUUUACUAAGUAGAGCAAAGAAAAAAAGACUUGACAUAGUGUUUAUAACACUUACUUAAAUGUGACUUAUAACAAUUAUUUAUUCAUGUUAGUUUUGAUACAAAAUACUUUACAGAAUUACAUGCUACGAAGGUAAAUACAGAUCUAUUUUUGGCCAUUUUACAAUGACUGUCUAUGUUUUUUCAGUCAUACCAUUCACAAGCAGCUGAAUUUGUCCCGUUUUACAUAAGAAAAAAAAAACUAUCUGGGCAGCAAUAUGUGGGGCAGGGGCACAGCUGAAUUACUAUGCUCUGUGUUUCCCAAAGUUGGGGUUUGGGGACAGCAACGUGGGUCGCAAAUCAACAAGUGUGGGAUCUUGGGAGUCCAUAUUUGUGGUAUUAGUCUUAACAGCAAUACCACUCAGACAUGCCUCGUGAUAAAAAAUAUAUAUAUAUA